CGAGAGAGCUGGGGUUUAUUCAGCGUGGGAAGAGUGCAGCUUGUUGGACGUAUCCUAGCCAUUGGCUUUGAACAAGACCCUCUGAAGCCUGGUCACCAACCGAGUGUGUAUAUAAUCUCAUAGACCUGAAUUCUGCUCAUCGUUGCCUGCCCCACGAUCCAUCCAGCCAGUACGUUCAUCCAACACGACAACGACGACUAGACGCCAUGAGUACCAUCGCGAAAACUGCGGUGGCAGAUAGCCCAGACACAUCGUCAGCACAACAGUUGCGAGAGCUCACUUCAUUACUGAAGGACUCCGAAAUCAUCACUCCAGGACACGCCGGCUACGAGGUUGCGUCGUCAACAUGGUCCUAUGGCAAGAACCUCCAUCCACAGCUUAUCGUGCAACCGGAACAGAUUGAUACUCUGUGCGAAGUCGUCAAAUUCCUCGCACAGUCUAACCUGGACUUCAACAUUCGCACGAGGUCAGUAUGACAUGGUCCUGCAGCAUGUCAUUUGCAACUGACUCUGGUGAUCCAGUGGUGUCGGAAGUUCUUCAGCCAAGGAUGUUUUGGUAUCCGUCCGAAACUUCAGAGAUUUCGAGUUCGAUCGUGAGCAAGAGGUUCUUACUAUUGGAGCUGGAAGCCUGUGGUCGGAGUAUUACGAGCAAAUGAAAGCAGUGGCACCCGAUUAUACAGUCGUAGCCGCGGCAACUCCCUUCCUCGGUUUGGGAGGGUCAGUCAUUGCCGGGGGCUUCAGUCUCAUGUCCAAGGAGUACGGCUGCAUUUCGGAUCCGGAGAACAUGCUCGAUGUAGAGGUCGUGAAGCUCGACGGCUCUCUCGUGUGGGCUUCCAGCGAGCCCGAUCUCCUGUGGGCACAUCGCGGCGCUUACAUCGGCCUCGGUGUGGUCACCAGAAUCAAGCUCCGGGCGUACAAGUACCCGCAGGACAUCUGGGGAGGGUCUAUCAUCAUCCCCAGGACCAAAGAAUCCGAAGUGGCCCAAGCGAUUAGUGCGAUGGACCACUCUAAAGCUGUUGAGAAUCGAGUCUUUGCGCUUCUGAUUCCGAUGCCGCAGGUCUUCAUUGUCAACGCGUUCGAUGCGAAUGGAGAAGAGCAAGGUCGCCAAACCUUUGGGCCCAUCCUGCAGAUUGAAGGCGCCAUGGACAUGACCAAGACCAUGGAUCUGGCGGGAUUCGCGCAGAUGCAAGCACAGGCAGAGGCCCAAAAAGGUCACUUACACCAGUGGUUCAAUCCGUUGGCCUUGGGCAAGCUGUCCGAGGAACUUGUUCUCAAAUCAUUCGACUGGCAACGACAAUGCGCAGCUCAGGGAACACAAGCGACUGUGAUGUACGAGCUCUGGGGCACAGUGAGUAACUUCUCGCACUAGCUUUACCAUGAUAUCCCGAGUCAUCGCUGACCCCACAAUAGCGAGGUCCUCAGAGUGGACCCUUGGCAUCUGCUUGGCCUCGUUCCGACAAAGCUCGCCACUUCUGCAUGCUGAGUAUGAGUGCAGCACCGGAUGCCACACCAGAGCAGAUCCAGCUAUCUCGAAAGCUCGUCAAAGAAGGUCCAACAGAGCUGAUGGGAGACCAGUUCGACAACACGUU